GCAGAGUAUGAACCCACCCUAACUCCACCCCCGCAAAAAAUGUCCUGCGUCGCAAUAAUGUAGCACGUACCUUGGACGAACAUGCAGCGAAACGGACAGCCUCCCCUGUAGGUCGGCCACAACAAGGUCCAGCUACACGAGACCCGACAGAGAGAUUUAGGCAAAAUUUGCUGCCCGCCCGGGGUAGAAAAAGUGCGACAACCACUCCUCCAGCUUGUCAGCAACCUCCUUGAAAGAAAAGAGGGCGUGGCUCUGGGCAUUUAAUUUUUUGUACAUAAACAGAACGAGCCCUACCAUACUGACCAUUCUUGACUCUCUCGAGUUUGCAUUUGUUUUUAAUUGUUUGAAGGGGCCUUUGGACUGAAAUUUCGACACAAAAUGGGCCUUAUGACGAUUUUGAAGAAGAUGAAGCAGAAGGAGAAGGAGAUGAGGCUGCUGAUUUUAGGACUAGAUAACGCUGGAAAGACUACGAUAUUGAAAAGGUUUAAUGGCGAGGAAGUCAACACCAUCUCUCCAACUUUGGGCUUCAACAUCAAAACUCUUGAACAUCGUGGCUACAAAUUGAAUUUUUGGGAUGUUGGAGGUCAGAAAUCUCUUCGUUCAUUUUGGCGAAAUUAUUUUGAGAGCACUGACGGACUGAUUUGGGUCGUCGACAGUGCUGACAAGAGACGACUCGAAGACUGCUGCAGAGAAUUGCACAGCUUGCUUGCGGAGGAGAUGCUGUCAGGAGCAACACUUCUAGUCUUUGCAAAUAAGCAGGAUCUCCCCGGUGCUUUGACAGCUGAAGAAAUUAAGGAUGUGAUGCAGUUGGAAACAAUUAAAACGCACCACUGGCGGAUAAUGUGGUGCAGUGCCUUGACUGGAGAGAAUCUCUUGCCCGGAAUGGACUGGUUAAUCGAUGACAUAGCAGCUAGGAUAUUUACUCUGGACUAAAAAGUAAUGCACAACAUUCGCACCAACUCAGUCCAUUCCUUGCGCGCCGAGUCCUCAUGCUUAAAACAAUAAUAUUUAUUUUACUGUUAGCUGAUUAUCUACGUACUAACUUGAUUAAUAAAAAAAGACCAUGGAUAA